CUCUCUUUCCCUUCCUCACUCACUCUCACACAAACACACGGUCACACUCACUCCUUCCUUUUCCCUUCACUCUCACUCUCUGAGCCAGCUGCGCUCUUUUCCCUUCACAUCAGUUUGUGGAUUCUGGCGCUUCUAGAAUGAUUAUUUAUUUUUACCUGUCUGAAGAAGAUAGAAGAUGAGGUGUGCGUUCCGCAUACUCUCCACUCUCACUGAUGCUUUCCCUUCCGUGUAAUCUCCCCCACUUUUCAUCUUAUGCAAAAGGAUUUCACUUCUACCUCCUCCAUUGAAACUAUCUGCCAACCAUGUAUUCCUUUGAUGACUUCAGUGAACAGAGUAUCUGCCAAGCCCGCGCCUCAGUCAUGGUGUACGAUGACACCAGUAAGAAGUGGGUGCCAAUCAAGCCGGGCCAGCAGGGCUUCAGCCGCAUCAACAUCUACCACAACACGGCCAACAACACCUUCCGCGUGGUCGGGGUCAAACUACAGGACCAGCAGGUGGUGAUCAACUACUCCAUAGUAAAGGGUCUGAAGUAUAACCAGGCCACGCCCACCUUCCACCAGUGGCGUGAUGCCAGGCAGGUGUACGGCCUCAACUUCGCCAGCAAGGAGGAGGCCACCACCUUCUCCACCGCCAUGAUGUUCGCCCUCAACGUGCUCAGCUCGCAAGACGGAGGCCCUGCUGUCCAACGGCAAAAUGGGCCCUCCUCAGAAGACCCCGAUGCACAGAGGAGGCAAAUGAUGGAGCAGCAUCAGAUGCAGAUGCAGGGAGUGGCCCACAAAGAGAGGGAACGACGGACGUCUGGCUCAGUCGUUUCCACCCUCCAAUAUAAGGUGUCCUCCCCUCCCUCUCACCCCUCAAACACCCCUCCUGAGUAUAGACACUACCGGGCCGCCACACUGCCGCCUUCCUACGGUCGAGUGGCCUCCAACUCCUCCCCUUCCUCCUCCUCCUCCUCCUCCUCCCAGGAGAGAGAGGUGCUGGGCGGACGGGCUGGUGACAACUCCGCCCAGCUCUCCCAGCUCUCCACCUCCCUGGCCUCGGCCUUCUUACCCGUGCAGCCAGGGGUGCCCAUGGCCCCGACCCGGCAGGUGCGCCAGAUCCCCCUCUCUCCCCCCACUGCUCGGGCCCUCCACCACACCCAGUCUCUCCACCAGGGUCACCCCCUGCAGGACCCUGUGCUGCCCCCCAAACACGGCACCUGGUCAGCCUCCCACGCCCACAUGUACAGCCCCAUGCCCUCCACGCCCCCCGUGGUGGGCAUGAUGCCUGUGCACAUGCCCCCUGUGCCUCAGCCCCAGCAUGUCGUCCCCGUGGCCCACCCUCUGCCGCCUCUCCACAGCCGCGUUAAGACCCACCCCCUGGACCAGCCCGGCCAACCCCACAUCCCGCCCCAUCUCCCCCACGCCAACGGCCAAUCAGAGGACUAUUAUAACCUUGCUCAGCAGCAACAGCAGCAUCUAGGUUAUGGCGAGGCUACUUCCUUGCCCCCUCUGAUUGGUCAGUCUGCGCAGGGCCCCGUCCCUGUCUCCGCCCACCAGCCCCAGUACCCCUCCUCCUUUCACCCCCAGCAGCAGAUGUACCAGGCCGCGCCCCCACCACCACCAGCUCCCCAAUUCUCUCCCCCCUCAUACACCACAGCCCCAUCAGAGGGGGGCUCGCCCAAGCAGACGCCCUCUCCUGUCGCUCAGGCUGCCACGGCCAGCUGCAGUCCGGUUUCUCUUCCCGCCAUGCUGACUGUGGCCCCACCGGUGACCCCACCUAUGCCUAUGGCCCCCCCUGCCCCUAUGGCACCCAUGGCCCCCCCCCCUCCACCGGGCCCCCCGCCUCCUGCCACGGUGCCACCGCCCAUGCCCCCUCCACUGCCGGUUGGUGGAGAGCCUGGGGGGCCACCGGUAGGGGGGGCAGGGAAUGAGCUGGCGCAGCCACUCUCAGGACUGGCGGCCGCCCUCGCUGGAGCCAAACUCCGUAAAGUUGCAAGGGAUGAGAACAGUCCACCAGGAACAGGUGGAGCCAAGAACGAUGUCAACCGCUCGAGUGGAGGUAGUGGUGGUGGAGGGGAGGGGCUGAUGCAGGAAAUGAACGCCCUUCUAGCGCGCAGACGGAAAGCCUCAGAGCGACCUGAAGAGGAGGAUCCCAAGCCAGGGCAGAACUCCACAGGUGCUGGGAAGAAUCCAUGGGACCGAGCAAACUCUGUAGACAAGUCUUCACUGGUAUCAAGGGUGCGACCAGUGGGCAGCACUAGUGAAGGAGACAUAGACUUUGACAGGAUGAAGCAGGAAAUCUUGGAGGAAGUUGUACGUGAAUUGCAGAAGGUGAAAGAUGAGAUCAUUAAUGCCAUUAGACAAGAAAUUGGUCGAAUCCAUACAUCAUAAUAUCUGGACAGCGGGACGUGCUGGAAGUAUGAAGGAGAAGAAGAUGUGCUCGGAAGGAAUGUUCUCUCAACGUUUCUGUGACGCUAUGAAACAAUGCUGUGACGCUGCAGAAAGGUUGAGCCAACAUUGAGUCUGCUGUGCAGAACAGAGGGAUGAAAGAAAAAGUCUGAGAAUGAAAAGGAGAAUGAGAGAGAGAGAAAGUAAUGGUUAAAUGAACAAAGGAUGUACGGACGGAAGGAUGGACGGACGCUUGCACCGUUUUCCGUUUUUUUCCUCUCCGUGCAUUUACAGACUCAGUCCAGUUUGCAGUUCUCUGCUCUGUCUGUUCUAAGUCUUACAAAAGAAAAUAUUUUUGUUUUCUACAUUUUUACCGUUUUAUUAUUUUAAAAAACUGUGAUUCUAUUAUUAUUCGUAAUAUUAUAUAUAGAGACAGACAAAACUGUUGUUCUACAUUGGCGGGUCCUGGAGGAAACUUGCACACCAUUUACGUCAGCCUUUUAUAUUUUAUAUGAUUUACUUAAUCCUUGGGUGUUUGACAAGCACAUAUGGCACAUACUGUGCUUUAGUCACCUGACCUCAGCAGUUUUUAAAAAGCUUUUUAUCAGAAGACAACUGACUGAACCAGGGAGGGACUACCUGGACUUGUCCAAUAAGAAACACUCAUUUUUGUUGUCCGUUGCUAAAGGUUUUAAUUUGGGGAUCAUUCACAAAAAACGUACCCAAAACUGUAAAUUCACCACAUAAGUUUUCCCAAUAUAGAUACAAUUAUCCAUAGGCUAACCCUACGAAACCCAGAGUAACUAUACAGUAUGCCUAUUUGAUUUGUUCCUGUGUUUCAACCAUGCAUGAAUCUGAUCUUUAUUUUUUAUUUUUAUGGUGGUACGUUUACAAUGGUGGUUUGUUUUUGUGAAUAUCCUCCUUGCUAUUUAAGGUUGAACUUGAAUUUGAUAUGUGAAAAUAGAGCCAAUUGCUCUUGCAAAAGUUAUUUGUGAUGAUAGGAAAAUGUUUAUUUGAGGAAAAUAUUUGAUUGAAUAUCAGUUGUGACAUUAUAUUAACUUUGACCAAGUUCUGAAUAAAAUUUCAAAACUGAAAGUAAAUUAAUUUAAACAAAACAAUA